AUUUCAGAAUGUUGCGCCUUAAACUUGGUUCUCAUAAAAGUUCACUUUUUGCUGACCUUGUAGUAAUCAAAAUCUAAAUCUAAAUCUAAGUAAGUAAUAAUUUUUCACAUCAUCAAAGAUCUGAAAUCCCCCAUUUUUCAUUACAGUAUUGAAUUCCAAAACCCUACAAUUUAUCAAUCAAAUCGACACUCCCUGGCCUACAAUUUUAAUCUCUAUAUAUACAGAUCGGCCGUAAGUUUGUCCGUACACACACACACACACACACACAUAUAUAUAUAAUUUUUGCUAGUAAUAAAUGUGCAAGUUAGUUCGUCGGUCAGUUAGUGAAUUAUAAAAACAAAGAUUACAAUGUUUUGGAGGGAACGUGAAAAAGAGAUUGUAAAAGAUCAUAUCGGAGGUCCUCCGGUCGGGCAGGUUCGAGUUCUUGUUGUUGGUGAUUCAGGUGUGGGGAAAACAUCUCUUGUUAAUCUGAUUGUGAAAGGUACAACAAUAAAACAUCCUUCUCAAACAAUCGGAUGUACAGUAGAUGUGAAGCAUUUAACUUAUGGAACUCCUAGUAGUUCAUCUGAUAGUGUUAAAGGGGACAAGGAGAGAGAAUUCUUCAUUGAACUCUGGGAUGUCUCUGGACAUGAACGUUAUACGGAUUGUCGCUCCAUAUUUUAUUCUCAAAUAAAUGGCGUUAUUUUCGUACAUGACCUCUCCCAAAAAAGGACAAAAACAAGUUUGAAAAAAUGGGCUGCAGAAAUUGCAGCAACUGGAACGUUCUCAGCUCCACUAGCAAAUGGCGGUCCUGGUGGCCUUCCUGUACCAUAUUUAGUCAUUGGUAACAAAGCAGAUGUAGCUGCUAAAGAGGGGACAAGAGGUAGCAGUGGUAACCUUGUUGACAUGGCUCGCCAGUGGGUUGAAAAGCAGGGUUUGCUUUCUUCAAGCGAGGAACUUCCUCUGGUUGAUAGUUUUCCUGGAAGUGGUGGACUUGUAGCGGCUGCAAAAGAAGCAAGAUAUGACAAGGAGUCUGUUGUGAAGUUUUUUCGUAUGUUGGUAAGAAGAAGAUAUUUUUCAGACGAGUUACCUAUAGCUAGCCCAUGGUCUACUUCAGUACAAAGGCCUUUGCAGAGACCCGAGGACAGUAUUAUCGAUGAAGAUCAAUUAUACUCAAGUACACGGACAAUUGGUGACCCCUACAAGUACAAUGUUCUACCACCACUUCCGGCUCAACGGAAUCUCACCCCACCUCCAACGCUUUAUCCUCAGCAGCCGGUGUUGACACCUGAUAACUACAACCUCCCAAGAUUCAAUUUAAGUGGAGCUCAAGAAUUAAAUAGUAUUAGAUCAAAACGUAAUGAUAUAAAUGUAUGAUUUUGUUUGCCACUACUAUAGAAAAGGCAUAUGUUUUUUUUUUCUUAACUGUGUUGCUGCUUCUUGAUUGUAAACCAGUAUAUCCAUUCUUUGAUACGCAUACUCAGAUAAAUUGUUGAUGGCAACUUGGUUUGAUUUGUUGUAUCACGUGACUCAUAUCUUUGAAUUACUGUUUUAAGUUGUUUUACUCUGAAA